CUGCCGUGAUAGUCUGGCAAUUGAACACUAGGUCAGCUCGCGCUCGCCGCGCGAAAGUUUGUUUUUGUUUUCCUGUUGUUUUAUUAUGGUAAUAUAUGUUACUUUUGUAAACAACGGUUUAGUUGUCAUUGUAGGCCUAGUGUUUUGUUGAUUGAAAAUGGGUGUUGAGGAAAGACGGGCUGUUCUGAAGAAAGCAUUGAAAGAGUGGGAAACCGCAUUUGCCGUGCUUCAUGAAAGGCGUCCUAACAAAGAAGAUAUAGAAAAAGCUUCAGACAGAAUCAAAGGCUACUACAAAGAAUACCGUCAACUUGGAAGAUCAAUCAGCGAAAAUGUAAAUGAUGACAGGACUCCCCAUAAAGAAAAGACUAAUAGUGCGGUUAUAAAUAAUAGAACUCAUGGUGAAAAAAACCAUAGUACCAGCAAUGAUAGAAUUGGAACAGGAAAUAUUUGGGGAUCUCAUUUGAAUGUAAAAGAAAAAAAACAGAAAAAAGAACCAGAUGAAGAUAAGAAAAUAUCACCCAAUAGUAGAGAACCAGUGUAUGGAUUGAAACUCAGGGAAUUUAACCGAGUUAAAAUACUUCCUAAUUCAGCUCGUAAAAGAACAAAUUCAAGUAAACUAAAAGCAGCGAACAUUUCUGCAUCACAAGAGCCAACUGAAUUUGACGACACAGACUCCGUGCAAAUUAACCUGCCGUCCUGUAAAUUUGUUACGAAAUACGACAAGUUUAAAAACACAUCUGUUUCUACAGUAACAACGAAUAUCUUAGCGAUGAAGAAACCCAGACCAUCUCUAGAUAAUGGUUGGUUGAAGCGAUGUCAGACAAACUUGUUAACAGCAAGUGAAAAAAAUACAAAUGCUGCUCGUGGGGGAAUGGACGAUUUUGAUCCGGACGAUGAAUUCAGGAUGUCGGAGUACAAAAAAGACAAUUCUACUGGUCAACGUUUAUCAUUGUCAAAAACUAGUUCAAAUGAUAAUGAAAAAAUUCCUACCUUAAAAUUAUCCACAGAAAACAAAUUAACUACCUCAGAUCCUGUUGAAACUAAUCAUUUUCACAAUGUAGAAAGGAAAGAUAUGUUAGCCACUAAGGAUUGUGAAACGAAAAGACAAAAACGUGAACGCGAAGAAGAACCGAGUUCAGAAUCAUGUGAAUAUCUACCCGCAGAGAAGAGCAGCAAAAAACGAAAGGUUGAUUCAGUCAAACAAACUCAACUUGAAAAUAGUGAAUGCAGAAGUGAAAGCCGUACCGAGCACAGGAAUAUAAGUGAUGAGAUAGUCGCUAGCCAUCAAGCCACCCAGCCAUACAGUGCCAAUAAUCAGUGUGAACGAGAAGACAAUGAGACUGCUAAAGAUAAUGACGAAGGAAAUGAAACAGCGAAACCAAUAAAAAUGAAGAAAAAGAAAUUAUCAAUACCCGCAAGGAGUUCUGCGAGUCUCAAUGAAAACUUUGUAAAGAUUAAUUUAAAGAAGAAAGUUUACACCCGAGGCACCAAUAAAAUGACAGGACCGGCCUACAAACGCCAGCAAUGGAAGAUAAAGACGGGUCAAACAUCAGGGAAGUCGUACAGUAAAAGCGGCGGUGGUGGUGGGGGAGGUGGUUGGCGCAAACCAGGCACAUGCUUUAAAUGUGGUCUGGAAGGCCACUGGGCCAAGUUCUGCAAAGGAAAACGUGCUCCAGUAAAGCCAGACAUCCAGGAAGAUGAUGAAGUGAAUCCUGAGGAUAUGACAGAGUCUCCUUUCCCAACACUGGAGGAGGCAGCCAUCGCUGCCACAGGUAUCAAACAACCUAAAGGUGAGGUUACCUUUAACUUCCUGAAUGCACCUGCUCCACCACCUGAAGAUGACGCACCUGUAGUAAGAAUAGCGAUUGAGCCAUUGUUUGAACUAGACGAUAAUGGAAAACCAAUCGAAACUCCAAAGACCGUUUAUAAAGCACUCAAAGAAAUGGGAUUUGACUCAUUCCGCGGAGGUCAAGAGAAGGCCAUCAUGAGAAUAUUGUCAGGUCUUUCAACUUUAGUUGUGCUAUCCACCGGAGCUGGUAAAUCUCUUUGUUACCAACUACCUGCGUACUUGUAUUCUAAGCGAUCCCAUUGCAUCACCUUAGUCAUCUCUCCCUUGGUAUCUCUCAUGGAGGAUCAGGUGAUUGGAUUGCCCGGUUGUCUCCAAGGAGCCCGUCUCCAUAGCAACAUGACAAAGCCUCAACGAGAGAAAGUUGUGAAGGAGAUAACUGAUGGGAACGUCCAGGUUUUGCUUGUAUCUCCAGAGGCAGUUGUUGGAGGCGGGGGAGGAGGUGGCUGCCUGCCCCCACUCCAUCAGCUUCCCCCUAUAGCAUUUGCUUGCAUUGAUGAGGCGCAUUGUGUGUCUGAAUGGUCCCAUAACUUCCGGCCGUCUUACCUCAUGGUCUGCAAGGUUAUUCGUGAAAGGUUUGGUGUACAAUGCCUUCUGGGAUUGACGGCCACUGCUACCAUGUCAACAGCAAUGAGUGUAGUGAGCCACCUAGGUAUUGAUGAGGAUGCUGUUGUGAGGGGCAGGUCCGUUCCAAACAAUCUCAAACUAUCUGUUUCGAAAGACGUGAAUAGAGACAGGGCAUUGGUUGAGCUGCUUCAAGGGGAUCGGUUCAGUAAUUUAGACUCCAUUAUUGUGUAUUGCAUUCGGCGUGAUCAGACAGAGAAAGUGGCCUCCGUAUUGAGAACCUGUCUGCAAGAUGCUCAGAGGAAGGAUGUACCUGCCAUGGAUUUAGAAGAAACAGAUAAGAAAGAUAAUGCUGGAGAGAUCAAUGAAGAGGUGGAGAAUAACGAAGAAGCUGAGGAUGUGAAGAAAAAGAAGAAAGGAGAGGGAAAGGGAAAGACAAAGAAGGAAAAGAAAAUUAAAAAACCAAAAAAGAUGACAUACAAAUCAACAAAGCUAGCCCCAAAUGAACGACCUGAGGUCAAUAGUGCCGAGACCUACCAUGCUGGGAUGAGUGCGUGUCAGCGGAGAAGGGUACAGAAUGCAUUCAUGUCUGGUAGCAUCCGCAUCGUUGUUGCAACAGUGGCCUUUGGAAUGGGACUUGAUAAGUCUGAUGUCCGUGCAAUCAUCCACUACAACAUGCCCAAGAGCUUUGAGAGCUACGUGCAAGAGAUUGGUAGAGCUGGCCGUGAUGGGAAACCAGCACAUUGCCAUCUUUUUCUGGAUUCAGAGGGAAGAGAUCUAAGUGAACUUCGACGCCACACAUAUGCUAACACGCUGGACAGGUUUACCUUGAAGAAACUUUGUCGUAAAGUCUUCGCAUUAUGCAGGUGUAAAGAGAAAGAAGAAGCUAGGCAAGCUGCAAAAGAGGCUUUGGCUUUUGAAGAUGAUGAUGCAGAGUACAUGAUGAUUCCAGAUGAGAUGUUGAUGCAGAAAGAAUCACCAGCAGAAGUCAUUCCUCAACUGGAUCAAAUUGAUGUUGUAGAAAAUACCAGCACAUCUGAUGCUUUGCAGAAUGUCACAAAAGAGCAGACAACAACGGAAGGAUCAGAGACUGCAGUUGCACCUAGCCCACGGAAACAGCCUAGCUUCAGGAAACAUCGGCUCUGUCCUGGACAUGAAAGGGCAAUACCGAUUGAACAAACUGUGGAAUCCUUAGACAUCAAAGAAGAAGGUAUUGCAACUCUCCUGUGUCACCUUGAACUACACCCUCAACAGUGGGUCUCCAACCUUCCACCAGCUUUGGCAACUUGCAAUGUCAGCUGCUAUGGAGGUCCAAAACAGCUUCAGACCAUGGCCCACAAGUGUCCUGCUCUAGCAGCUGCCAUUGCUCUGCAUCAGCAAAAAACCGGUAAAUCUCUUAGAAACCACAGCAACAUUGAGUUCCCUGUGGUGGAUGUUGCAAGUGAGAUGAACUGGCAGUCUGGUCUUGUAAAGAGAGAACUCAAGAACCUUCAAUGGAAUGGUAAGUCAAAGACAGGCAUCAUGGUCGAGCUCUCCGAUCUUGGCUUCCACUUCCGAUCGCCAGGUGAUCUGACUGAUGAGGAACUUGAUGGUGUUGUCGACUUUCUGUAUUCAAAGGUUAAAGCUCAAGAGAAGCGGGAGCUCUUCCAACUGAAGUCUCUAUUCCAGGCACUUAACAGCGUAUCAUGUGACCAUUACUGGAUGUGCAGUGCUGAUGUCGAUGAAGAAACCAGCGAGGAACUGAAAACAAUCCUAAGAGAUUAUUUCGAUCAGAAGUCGCUUGUUCAGUGGAUGGAUGAUGAGGAAAUACAAAUUGAUGAUUCUAUUGUUGCAAGUGCGGCAUCUGUACGUGGAUCAGUACGAGCCUUUAUCAGUCUCCACCAUGACCGCGAUUUCUCCGGUCGUGCCAUAGCACGUAUAUUCCAUGGAAUAGGAAGUCCAUGCUACCCGGCAAAAGUAUGGGGACGUGACCGUCGUUUCUGGCGUUGCCAUCUUGACUUUGAUUUCAAUCUCUUGAUCAAGAUAGCAACUGAAGUUGUCUUAAAAAUGAGAUGAUUACUAAUUAUUCAAAAUUAUAUUUUUGUAUUUUUUGUAAAAAAAGAAAUGUGUAUAUUGUGAAUUUCCACUUACUGAAUUAAGAUCAAGAUGGUUCCAGUCUCAAAUUGCGGGUUCAUAGUGUUCUCUCUGCAGGAUUUUUAAUUAUGACAAACUGCACUCCCUAAGCCCCAUAUUAAAACAUAGCUUUUAAAGCAUUAAAUGGUUCCAAUCUGCAAUAGUUGUGCAAAAGUAUUUGGAUGUGAAAGAGAUAAAUGAGGUUCAUAUGAAAUAGCAAUAAUGCUUGUGAAAAAUGUCAAAAACAUACAAAUUCUGCAGCCAAGAUGCUUCGACGACUGGAAGCCAUAAAUUGGACCAUAAGUUGCUUCAUGGCUCGGAAAUUAAUGGCAAUAUGAUGUGAUGUAUCAUUUCUGAUGCCAAAAGAGAAUGAUAAAGAAUUUUGUAUAAUAAAAAAUGCUGAUACAUAUUUUUCAAAUAUUUUAUGUGAACCUGCAUUAAUGCUGUCACUGUCAUGUUAAAAUGUAAACAUCAUUAUUGCUGAGAUUUACAAAUCUACAAAGAUUCAAAAUAAAACUACAGUACUUGGAUGCAUUAGAAAUUAAUUUGUUUUUUAAUCAUAAACAUUUACUUGAUUUAUGAAGUUGAAGAAAAAAAAUCCUUGCCAAUAUCUCAUCAUGCUGAUAUCAGACAUAUUGCACAAACAUUGCAGUGACUAUGAGCAUGAUCAUAAACGUAUAAAAUUAUAUAAUAUUAGCCAGAGAAUAAUCAACAUAAUUAUAUAAACACUCAUAAAACAGUUAACAGCAAUAUACUCUCUUAUCCAGUAAUCACAUGUAUGUAUCACCGUAAAAUACAGUCAACAUAAAAUGGUAAACAUCAUAUUUAUAGUUUCAUUACAGUUACAGUAUUAAGAACCAAAUCAUAUAUACUUUGUAAUUUCCUGAGUUUUCAAAUUAAUUAUUGUAAUUAAAAUUUUUAUAAAUUGUAACAUAAUUGCAUCAUUUUGUUUUCUUUAAAAAGAAAAGAAUGAAAGCUAAAUUUAAGUACUUAAAAUAUCAGAACAUAGGUUGUGUACCCACCACAACUUUGAUUUUAAAACUAUAGGUCAUGACCCAAAUUUAUGUCACUAAAAAGUUUCUGAGGGUUGCAAAACACAUGAAGAAUUUUAAACACCACCGUAAAAAAAUACCAUGAUUUGCGAGCUCUAAAAUACAGGCCUUGGGUCAUUUCAAAAUAGGGGAUCAAACAGUAGGAACCAAUGCUCUACACAAUCUGGGUUAGAAGAGAUAAUUGAAACAUGCAG